AUGUCGACACGCCAACCUUCACGUGUGGUCUUCGUGGGAAACAUUCCUUAUGGCCUUACCGAAGAGCAGAUAACCGAAAUCUUUAGCGGCGCUGGACGGGUCCUCAACUUCCGCCUUGUCUAUGACCGUGAAACUGGAAGGCCAAAGGGUUUUGGGUUCGCAGAAUUCCCCGACUACGAUUCCGCUGCAUCAGCCGUACGAAACCUGAACGACCACGAGAUUAUGGGUCGCAAGCUGCGUGUCGAUUUCAGCAACGAGACUGUCAGCGACGAAGACGGUGGCAGAGAUCGUGAUGGCGGGUCGAAUCAGAACGCCCCUGGUAGCUACAACGCUCAACCUCCCAAUGGGGGAGGCUACAAUACCGCUCCCCCCGCCAGCGCCGCCCCUCCUGCUCUCGGACCCUUGCCCCAGGGUAAAGACCUUCCCCCCGAUGUCACCUGCACCGACGCGAUCUCCCGCACCCUCAACACCCUUCCCCCGGCUCAGCUUCUCGACAUCCUCCAACAGAUGAAGACGCUGGCGACGAACGAUCCUGCUAGGGCCACGGAACUUCUCAACCAAGCACCCCAGCUGAGCUACGCGAUAUUCCAAGCGCUCCUUAUCAUGGGCCUGGUCUCGCCGGACGCUAUCAACUCGGUUCUCGACAACCCGGCCGCUGCUGCUGCUCCUUCUAUGGGUACUCCCGUUGUCCCCAACCCUAUGGGCGGUGCUCCCUACGGAGCUUAUCCCGGCGCCAUAGCCACCCCCCCUGUUGCCCCUGGUCCUGUUGGAGGCUACGCAGCACCACCUGUCGCCGCGGCUCCUAUUCCAGCUCCGACUGCUGCUGCUGCCCCAGGGCAGGAUGCAGAGGCGCUGAUGCGUGCCGUUAUGGAGUUGCCGCAGGAGACGAUUGACAAGCUGCAGGAAGCGGAGAGGCAGCAGAUUUUGGCGCUUCGCGCUCAGUUUUCUGCUCAGGGCCUACGCUGAUGACAGACGGAUGAUUCAAUUAGUCAACUUCUCGUGAACAUGGGCAACAAAAUAUGUAUUGGGGCCUCAUGUUCCUGUUUUUCUGUCGUUAUGCAUUCUUUUCUAGGCUGGUCAGGCGUUAUGGUGGUGGCGGUCGGUUUCACACUCUAAAUGGGAGCAUUGCAAAGGUUCAAUAGAAAAGGGUAAAUAUCGGUGAAUUUAACAGCCACAGUCUGGAAGCUUAAACCGCUGA